UAUGAGAUGCCACAUCAGCAAAAACACAACUUCUCGUUGUCCAUGCCAUAUACUCUUAAAAAACAUAAAAUAUGACGCAAUUUUGUAAGAAGACUAAACACCCUCUUAACAGUCAUCUUUUAGACACUGAAUAACAAACAACCAACGUAUAAAGUGGAAAAGACUCCACCUACGUUGAUAUGGAUGACAACGGCACCGACACCCACUCCACCGGAAUCGAAUCUCCGCUACUCAUCAACUUCGUUGACGGCGUUGUCGACUAUAGAGGACGUCCAGUUCUCAGAUCAAAAUCCGGUUGCUGGCGAUCGGCAUAUUUUAUCAUUGCCGUUGAAGUGGCAGAGAGAUUUGCGUACUAUGGCGUCAGUUCAAAUUUAAUCACAUACUUGACCGGUCCCUUGGGGCAAUCGACGGCCACCGCAGCCGAGAAUGUCAACACGUGGGCUGGAACGGCGAGGCUUCUUCCUCUUCUUGCCGCUUUCAUUGCUGAUGCUUUUCUGGGUCGAUACCUAAUGAUUAUAAUUGCUUCUCUGCUUUAUGUCCUGGCGCUUGGGUUUCUGGCUCUUUCCACUUUUAUUCCUUCAAACUGUGAAACCGCCAAUGGCGGAUCAUCAUGUUCUUCUCAACUCCAAGUCGUCAUGUUCUUCAUUUCACUGUAUCUUGUCGCAAUUGCCCAAGGUGGACACAAGCCCUGUGUUCAAGCUUUCGGGGCAGACCAGUUUGAUGCAGAUGAUCCAGUAGAACGUAAAGCCAAGAGCUCAUUCUUCAACUGGUGGUAUUUUGGAAUGUGUGCUGGCCCUACAGUCGGAAUCUUUGUUCUUAGCUACAUUCAAGAUAACCUUAGUUGGGUUCUCGGAUUUGGGAUUCCUUGCAUAAUCAUGGCUUUUGCCCUCAUCGUAUUCUUGAUUGGAACCAUAAAUUACCGAUUUGCAGCAAGAAUCGAGGAGAAAAGUGCUUUUCUCAGAAUUGGCCACGUGUUUGUUAAAGCAGCUAGGAAUUGGAAAACUGCACCUUCAGUAAUGUCUUCAGAUGAGGAAGCUUUUGGAAUCUUUGAUCAUCAACGUUCUAAACAAUUCAGAUUUCUCGACAGAGCUUUGUUUAAGGGAUCGAAUGAAGAUGGAACUGUUUGUAAUAUUGACGAAGUGGAAGAAGCAAAGGCAAUUCUUAGACUAGUUCCAAUAUGGGUCAAUCGGGUCAAAUUUCAAGAUUCCAGCCGCCACACUACAAUCUUUCAUCGGAAACCAUCAGGUAUAACCAUGCUUCAGAGAAUCGGAAUUGGAAUCCUCAUUUCCAUUGUUUCGAUGGUGGUUGCAGCCGUUGUUGAGACAAAAAGACUCGAAACUGCUCGUGAGUAUGGAUUAAUAGAUGAUCCAAAUGCAACGAUUCCAAUGAAGAUAUGGUGGUUAUUACCUCAAUAUCUAUUGGCUGGAGCUGGUGAUGUUUUUACGAUGGUGGGUAUACAGGAAUUCUUCUAUGACCAAGUGCCAAGUGAUCUUAAGAGCAUGGGCCUCGCACUUUACCUGAGUAUCAUAGGGAUUGGUAGCUUCUUAAGCAGCUUUCUGAUCUCGAUUGUUGGGAAAAUGACAGGUGGAAAUGGUGAAGAUGGUUGGAUAUCUGAUAAUGUGAAUCGAGGGCAUAUUGAUUACUUUUACUAUCUUCUUGCGGGAAUUAGUGUGGUGGCGUUUAUGAUGUACAUUUAUGUCGCAAGAUCUUAUGUUUAUUAUCGAGAAAGAGGCUUGUGA